CAGUUCCCCGCCCUCUAACGUAUCUGGGAGGGUGAAUUGUUACAAUGUAAUUUUGGCCAAUAAUUGGUGCCGGUGACCGCCCCCCCAGCCAUGCCGCUGCUUCCUCUCUCAGAGGUCUCACUGGUCCCCAACCGCAGCACCCGCUGACAUGGCCUGGACGCUGCUGUUCGUCCUCACCACACUCCACACAGGCUCCUGUGACCUCUGGGUGUCCCAAGCUGCCGAGGUCCACGCCCAGGAGGGCGCCGCCGCCCUGCUCCCCUGCUCCUUCAAUGCCAGCUCGAGCGGCCUGGCCAUUGGCUCUGUCACGUGGUACCGAGACAAGGUGGCCCCGGAAAACGAGGUGAAGAACGAGACCCCCGAGUUCAGGGGCCGCCUGGCUCCCCUAGCGCCGUCGCGCUUCCUCCGGGAGCACCAGGCCGAGCUGCGCCUCGGGGACACCCGGGCCCGAGACGCGGGCGUCUACCUGUCGCCGGCACGCGGGAACCCAGCGGCGCUCCUCCAUCGCCUCUUCGCAGUGAUCCAGACCCAUGACCGCUUUCCUCUUCAGGAGACCCCGCUCGUGCCCUGA